UUCACACUUUUCUUUAAACUAACAAAUGGCAUAUUGCCGUCAAAAGAUUACCAAACGGUUGCCGGAAACUGGCUGCCAUUAAUUAUUAGAAAUAGAAAAAAAAAAACGAAUAGUUAUAACUACAUUUGUAUUUGCCGCCGAAUUCUCCAAAUUCAGAAAUUCUUCUCAACUUACUUCCGGAAAGCUUCUCGAGCUUUUAACUUGUUAGCUAAUCGAGUGGCUAAAUAAACCAUCUUGUCAAGUUUUGGCAUGGAAGCAGUUGAUGAUGCUGAUCAGUUACCAGAAACGCCGAAAAAUGAAGUAAUGUCCUUCUUUGAGUCAGCUCCACCGCUGAAGGAUGCUGCUGAAACUGAAAAAAGUUUGAAGGAGUUUGUUGAUCGCAAUACUUCAUUAUCAGGCAAUUAUUAUUUCUUUAAAUAUCAACAUCUCAUAGUUUUUAGCCUUUUAAUUCUCUUUUCUUCAAAUAUAGAUGCUAGACUUUCUUGUCUGUCUCCAUGUUCAGUAAAUAGAAAAGCAAACAGGGUGGUGUGCGUGACUUCUGGUGGUACAACUGUUCCUUUAGAAAAGCGAUAUGUUCGUUAUAUUGACAACUUUGCUUCUGGUCAUAGAGGGGCCGCAUCCACAGAAUACUUUUUGAAGGCAGGUUAUUCUGUAAUCUUUCUCUACCGGAGGGGGACCUGCCAGCCAUUUUGUAGUUUGCUGCCCGACGAUCCGUUGCUAGAGUGCUUUAGCGUAGCUGAUGAUUCAAAUAUUGAAGUGGAUCCAUUGCAUGCUGAAACAGUGAAGAGAGCCAUUACUGAAAAUCGUGCAGCAGUUGCUGAUGGCACCCUGUUGAAACUUCCAUUUACGACAAUAUUUGAGUAUUUGCAGAUUCUUCAGCUAAUUUCUGCGUCUUUGAGGAGCCUUGGGCCUAGUGCUAUUUUCUAUCUUGCAGCUGCCGUUUCUGAUUUUUAUGUUCCGUGGGAAAGCAUGACUUUACAUAAGAUCCAGUCAGCAUCUGGUCCUCUGGACAUGCGACUCGCCCAAGUACCAAAAAUGCUUUCAAUGCUAAGGAAUGAAUGGGCGCCAAUGGCCUUCUACAUAUCUUUCAAGCUAGAAACAGAUCAAGAUAUCCUUUUAGCAAAGGCUGAUAUGGCCCUCAAAAAAUACAAGAUGCAUAUGGUGAUAGCAAACGAACUUUCAACCCGUAAAGAGGAAGUUAUAGUUGUGACAGAGCAUGAAAAGGUCACAGUUCGCAGGGACAGCACUCAGGCUGGGGCUGAGGUUGAGUGUCCAUUAGUCGAGCUUGUUGUUGAUAGACAUUCAGCAUAUAUCAAGAAGGUUGAUGCAUGACCACUAUAUGAGGCGCAAUUUUAUUCGCCGGAUCAAUGGCUAUUUAUCAAUUAAAUAAAUAUCGAGCUACAAGGAUAUUUCAGAAAGCUGAAAUAGUGUAACCAGUUUUUUAAAAUAAAUGCACUCUGGCUCUCCUGAAAAGAGGGAAGGAGAAGAGAGUGCUGUUUAGUCUGUCUUAUCUUUGAUCAGAAAUCUGGUUUUUAUCAUCUCUUUUUUAUGGUCGGAAUAAAUUCAUGGAAGUAAAUGCAGCUAUGUUUUAUUU